AUGGACGCGACAGCGGAUUGGAACCUAAACAGGCAGUUCGACUUUAUCCAUGUCCGUAUGCUUGGUGAUGUGUCAGAGAAGGAACAGCUCAUCAAGUCCGUCUACGACCACUUGAAUCCUGGUGGCUGGGCUGAGUUCACAGAGUGGAUUGCCAUACUCCAGUCUCCAAACCGAUCCUUGGAGGGCAGCGCAUUCCACAAAUGGAAUCUGCUGCUCCGACAAGGCCUGCAGAACAUGGGACGAUCUCUACACUAUCCCAACCAUUACCAGCCUAUCUUAGAGAAGGCCGGCUUCGAGAGGAUGAAGAUAACGAAGCAUGCUGCCCCCACGAACUCGUGUUAUCCGGGCAAGAAAUGCCAAAGAUUCGGUGUCAUGAUGACCAAGAACUGGAAUGCCAUCAUUGAGCCACUCAGUGUCCCGGUUUUCACCAUUGGCCUCGGCUGGACCGAGCCCCAAGUGCUUGCGUUGGUUAAAGACGUCCGUGAAGAGAUUGGCGAUACAAACUACCAUUCGUUCAUGACAUUGUAA